AUGUUCCAACGCGAUCCCAGAGCUGGAGCCUUCCUCGGUGGUGACAGGGUAUCUGGUCAGGAUAUCCGCGAUCAGAAUGUCGUUGCGGCCAUGACGAUUGCAAACAUCGUGAAAAGUUCCCUUGGGCCACUCGGACUGGAUAAGAUGCUGGUGGACAACAUUGGAGAAGUCACGAUUUCUAAUGAUGGUGCUACGAUCCUUGGCCUCCUUUCCGUCGAGCACCCAGCCGGUCGCAUAUUUGUCGAUCUAGCUCAAAAGCAGGACAAGGAAGUUGGAGAUGGAACCACAUCUGUUGUCAUCAUUGCCGCUGAACUUUUACGACGGGCGAACGAGCUUGUAAAGGCGAAGAUUCACCCUACGACAAUCAUCACUGGCUAUAGGCUCGCGUGCAGAGAGGCGGUCAGGUUCAUGCAGGAUCAGUUGAGUGUGAAGGUAGAUGCGCUAGGAAAGGAUGCUUUGAUCAAUGCUGCGAAGACUAGUAUGUCGAGUAAGGUCAUCGGCGGAGAUGAUGACUUGUUUGCACCGAUGGCCGUCGAUGCCAUGCUUGCCGUCAAGACCACGAAUUCGCGUGGGGAGACCAAAUACCCUGUGAAGGCAGUCAAUGUGCUCAAGGCUCACGGACGGAGUGCUCGCGAGUCUAUCUUUGUGAAGGGUUACGCAUUGAACUGCACUGUUGCAUCGCAAGCCAUGAAAACACGGAUCACGAACGCCAAGAUCGCCUGUUUGGACAUCGAUCUCCGCAAAAUCCGUAUGCAAUUGGGUGUCCAAAUCCUCGUCGAAGACCCUAACCAACUGGAAGAGAUUCGUAAACGCGAAGCCGAUAUCACUCUCGAACGUAUUCGCAAAAUCCUCGCUGCUGGUGCAAACGUCAUUCUCACCACAAAGGGUAUCGAUGACCUUGCUCUCAAGGAGUUUGUGGAGGCUGGUGCCAUGGCCGUUCGUCGGUGUAGAAAGGAGGACCUCCGUCGUAUUGCGAAGGCAACCGGUGGUCAACUCGUUUCGAGUCUUGCAAACCUGAACGGCGACGAGACCUUCGAGGCGAGCUUCUUGGGUACCGCGGAGGAAGUCGUGCAGGAGCGGAUAUCAGAUGACGAGCUGAUACUGGUCAAGGGCACGAAGGUCGUCAGCUCUGCGUCGAUCAUCUUGCGUGGCGCGAAUGAUUAUAUGUUAGACGAGAUGGAGAGGGCUCUGCACGAUACGCUUUCGAUUAUCAAGCGCACGCUCGAGAGUGGCUCUGUAGUUCCUGGAGGAGGAGCGGUGGAGAGUGCGCUGAGCAUCUACCUGGAGAACUUUGCAACGACUUUGGGCUCUCGGGAACAACUCGCCAUCGCAGAGUUUGCCAGCGCGCUUCUUGUUAUUCCCAAGACUCUCGCCGUAAACGCCGCAAAGGACGCGACUGACCUCGUCGCCAAGCUUCGGGCAUACCACAAUGCAGCGCAAAAUGCACCGGCAGGAGAUCAGAAGAAGGUUCUCCUUCGGUAUGGCCUGGAUUUGUUAAACGGGGAAGUGCGGGAUAAUGUGGCGGCGGGUGUGCUCGAGCCAACGGUCAGCAAAGUUCGCAGCUUGAAGUCCGCGUUCGAGGCUGCCGUAUCUCUGCUCCGGAUCGAUGAUGCCAUUCAAUGUGUUCCUGAACAAAAAGCAGAUGAUGGCCACGGACAUUAGAAGGAAUGAAAGAGGAAGCGAUAUUCUGCUAGUAGAUACACAAAAGUAAAGCAUUGCCCGUUUUGUACUCUUGCACCUUUUUUGCGCUGGAAUCUGUACCUCCGGCGUUUUCAUCUAAGAAAAUGGAGAGGG